AUGAAUCCAUUUCACUCCUCGGAGGCAUGCGACUGUUGCGGCGUCACCCCAACCACCCCUCUCUUCCUCCACACAAUCAGCUACAGAGCCAUCAACCGUCGCUUCUGCACCAACUGCGUCCUCAAGCAACAACAAGGCACUUUCUGCCCUAUCUGCUUCGAACUCUUCAACGAUUCCUUUAUCCCUAACCUUCACCUCAUGUGUAUCCGUUGCCCCUCAAUCGCUCACCGAUCUUGUGUUCUUCCUUCGUCAACGCCUGAUUUCGCUUUCCUCUGCCCGCCUUGCGCCGAUCCGAAUUUCUUUUACUUCAAGAUUGAUAGGAGAGGUAUUGAUUUUCAUGCCAAUAAGGUGCUCGCUGCUGCUGCUCAGAUUUCUGCUAAUACUUUGACCAGAGCGGCGGUUGCGAUUCGGUUGGAUGCUGAGAGGCGAGCUAUGGUUGCGGUGGGGGCUAGGAAGAAAGCUAUAGAGGCGCUGGAACUCUUCGCGGAUGUGGCUUCUAAGGAGCAAGAAGAAGCUUCUUCGGAGCAGGAGGACGAUUCUGGUACGGAGAAUUCUGACUCAGAAUCAUCAGAUUAG